CGUGUUGGGCCAGAUCCAGCGGGUUCCGUGGUUUCGGCUUGGCAACAUUCACUUUCCGCAGGUUCGGGAUGCCAAUUCUGAAACAUCGGGAUCAAUUUGGAAGGGCGACCCACGAUGUUCAACGGUUUGAUGGGUCUAUUGUGGGGGGAGAGAGUGAAUGAUGGCCGUAUAUAGUCACAGUAUCCUUGAGCUUUUAGAUCCUCCCUGCUUCGCAGCACUUCAAUACUUACUAUUUCUCUUUAGAACAUUGCUGUCCUGCAAACAUCUGACACCCUUCACGAUGGCUUCCCACGAAACGACGUCAAGUGCAGACAUCUACGGCCCCGGGACCUUUGUCGAUAAGGACUUCCUUCCCGCACCCCAAGAUGCUAGCCGCAUAUUCGAGUAUAUCGCCAAGCGCACGCCUGGGUUCACUCAGGAUCAUGAACUGUGGAGGACCGUCAGAUUCACUGGCUGCGACCUACCUGUCAUUCCUGGCCCUACCAAGGCGCCUCUCGUCGCCGCUGCCCUGCAUGCCAUGUGUGGUGUCGUCGCCCACGAGAUUAUAGAAGAUCGCGAUGGUACCGCAGCCCGCAAUCAGAACGUGAAGGUGAACACCGAUCACGCGGCCAUCUGGCUAGGGACGAUCUUUGCGGCGUCCGUUGAAGGAAAGGACAUGUCAGAAUUGGUCCGGUCGCGCAAGCUACCGUCCCUUUUCGAGCGUGAUUUCGAGAAGGGCUGGCAAGCAACGCCUAUGAGACAACGGUCGACUGCGAUCUACAAGACCAAGACGCCGGGAGUUUGGUAUCAGAUCCAUGGCUCCCUAGACGCCGCGCCUGUUCUGCGUGCUCUGGGAAUGGAUCCCGACUACCCGGCCAAGACGCCGGACGAAGCCUACGAAUACAUCAGUAAGCAUGUCGAGCAGUGGACUGCGGAUGAGCUCGAGAUGCUCAAUGUCAAGAACGGAUUCUGUGGCAGUAUCUGCUUCACGCCGCAAGGGUGGGCAGAUACGUUGAUGGGUAAGAGACUUGCCGAGCACCCGCUGGUCGGUUACUCGCGCCAGUCGCAUGCCAUCCCGACUCCCCCCAUUCCAUUUUCCAAGGUCGCGAACGAUAAGCGACCACUCGCAGGCAUCAAGGUGGUCGAGCUGGUGCGUAUUAUCGCUGGUCCCGUGAUUGGCAGUACUUUGGCCGCACUCGGUGCCGACGUCAUUCGAGUUAACUGCAGUCGCUUGGUGGAUCUCAACGUUCUGCAACUUACCCUCAAUGCUGGAAAGCGGACCAUAGAUCUCGACCUGACGAAGAGGGAGGACAAGUCACGCCUGCGGGAACUCAUCGAGGGUGCCGAUGUUUUUGUUCAGGGUUUCCGCCCCAACGCGAUCGCAAGAAAGGGUUUCGGUGUUAAUGAUCUUCUCGAGAUGGCCGGUAACCGUGGCAAGGGUAUCGUCUAUGUCGAGGAGAACUGCUACGGCCCCGACGGCCCAUACCACGAGAGACCUGGCUGGCAGCAGAUUGGAGAUGCUGCAUCUGGUUCGUCGUACGUGAUGGGUCGUUCCCUGGGCUUCACAGACGGGACAAGCGUCCUGCCUCCGCUGCCCAUCUCUGAUAUGACAACCGGGCUUGUCGGAGCCUUGGGUGCACUGAUGGCUCUCCGGGAUCGCUCCCGCCACGGCGGCUCGUAUCGCGUGACUAGCUCGUUGGUCAAGGCUGAUACGAUUAACCUUGAGCCUGAGAUCGGGCUUUACUCGCCCGAAGUUGUCGAAAAGUGCACCCAGUUGUUCAAGUGGGGGCACAUCGGGCCCUCGCAGUUCGUCACAGAAAUCCUGCUGGUUGUCAUGGAUGGAUGGAAGAAUGUAUUCCCUCAGUAUUUCAAGGCUGGUCCUGAAUCGCUGCUCUCCAGCUUCGGAGAGGGCCCUUGGGGUAAGAUGGAACUUCUGAGGCCUGUGGCUCAGUUGAGUGACCCAAGCGUAACGCCUCGUUGGCUAACACCCUCCGUGCCUAAUUGCUACCAUGAUCGCAACAUCAAUUGGUUGUGAGUCUUAGACUCCUGGUGCACCGAUAAUGUCAAGCAGCAACCCUAUUUGAACAUUAAUCGCAGGGCAAUUGCGGCGUGUUGCACCCAUUCUUGCACAAUACUAGCGAAGGUAAUUUUCACGAACCAUACACCGUAAUAGUUUUUUGUCUUUCUUCAAAGGAUGUAAAUGGAACCUCUUCUUCACCAAACCCG